AAGCCCAAAGUGGCCAUCCAAACUCCCUCAUUCUCAUCGGAAGCUCUUCCAUUCCUUUGCUUUUUCUUUCUCCUUUUGAAAUUCAGCUAUGGCGAGGAGUCUGUCCAUUGCAUUCCUCUGUAUUGCAAUGAUGUUUGUACUCUCGAAGCAAGACGAGACUGGCGCGGAGACACCAGAGGCGCAGCCUACCAACCUUCCUAUGUAUGGAACCACUCAAGGAAGCCUACAUCCUCAAGAAUGUUCACCGCGGUGCACGGCUAGAUGCUCGGCCACUGCAUAUAAGAAGCCGUGCAUGUUCUACUGCCAGAAGUGCUGCGCCAAAUGCUUGUGUGUGCCACCCGGCACGUACGGGAACAAGCAGUUCUGCCCUUGCUACAAUAACUGGAAGACCAAGAGAGGUGGGCCCAAGUGCCCGUAAUUCCAGCCAAUCAUCAUCAGUCCUCCCACGUGCGGAUUGGAUCAUCUUUUGCCACGUGUCAUCUCAAGUUCGAUGUUGUUUUCCUUAAUUAAUGAAAGUCUCAUUAUAUGUGUUGUA